AUGUGUUCCUCAGUGAAUGUAUUAAAAUUUCUUCUCUAAUUUUCUAUUGGGCUUCUGAAUGCUAUGCAAAAAAGUAAAGGUAAUGAUUACAUAAAACUUAUGUAGUGAUUGUAUCUGCAAAUAAAUACCGGUGUAAAAUAUUAUCAUAUCUCAUCAAUAGCUUGGCAUACUAAUUUAGAAUGA